UGUCGACCAUAAAUUACAGUGGAAUUUUCAUGGAAUUUUCGUAAUUUAUAUAUAAAAAACCCAAUAAAUUGAGAUUAAAAAGUAUCUAGCGAAAUAAAGUUACUUUGGGAAUUGGGAAAUGUGAUACGAGAAAGUAAUACUCCGCAAAAAGUGCAAUAUUUUGAAGUGACUUCAUGUAACAAACCCAAUACUGCGAGAUUCGUAAUUCCCUGCGUGGGAUGUUUACGAAUUGUUGGUCAAUUUUGUGAUCGCUAAAUGCUUUUUUCAAGCUACAGAUAAUGUGUCUUAACUUUACCAACAAAUAUAAAUUUUGAAAAAGUAAAACGAUAAGAUUACACGUACCAUGUCCGGUACAGAGCAAAAUAUUGUAAACACUUUACAACAAUUAUCUGUUCAACCUAACAGUAGUCACACAGACAAACCUACGCAAGUAGUUACGCCCGCCGUCAAUCGAACUCAGUCUACUAAAGUAACUCCUGUCAAGGUUAACCCUGUCUCACCUGCUAUAGCAACAAUAGACAGACUCCUCAGCUUGGGUGCGACACCUCCACCUCCACCGGUGAUACCGAAAUCCGCCGACAUGGAUCCUCACACGCUGGACCAGUUAAGAGCUGUUAAAGAAAUGUUAACAGCACAAGAAGAGGAAGCUCAGAGCUUGAGAGAUCUCAAUCAGGAGUUGAGAGACCGCUUGGAAGAAUGUGAAAAUAAAAUAAAGAAAUUGUCCGAGCAGAAUGAGGAGUACUCUGAAAAAGAAAAAACCCUUUCACAGCGUGUAGCUGAGAAAGUAAAAAAUAAUAAGCAGAUGAGUGUCGUGAUGGAGGAAUAUGAGAGAACAAUAUCGUCUCUUAUAGGAGAAAGGGAGACUGAGGGAAAAAGAUGGGCUGAAGAAAGAGCUACAUUAUUAAGAGAAAGAGACGAAGCGGCUGCACAUUUGGCAUCAAUGGAACAUGCCUUUAAUGAUGUUCACACUAAGUAUGAAAGAUGCAAGGUUAUCAUUCAAGGUUACAAGAGCAACGAGGAGACUCUAAAGAGAACAGUCGAAGAGAACAAUGAUGCAAUUCAAAAACUUGAAGCAAGAUAUGAAACACUACGACAGCACGCCAUGCAGCAGUUGAAUAAAGCAAAUGCUGAACUAGACACUGUCAAGAAAACUCAUCAAGCAGAAAUAUUGAAGCUUAAUGCUAUGCUUAAGAAGAGUGAAGUACAUGCAUCAUCAUUACAAGAAUCUCUGGCUCAAAAGAUUAAAGAUAAUGAGGAACUCACAGCCAUAUGCGAUGAGCUGAUUAACAAAGUAGGUUAGUAAGCAUUAGGAGUAUUAUUAUUUACGAGUAAUCAUAUACAUUAAAUUAUCAUACUCAUUAAAUUUAUUCUUGCUUAAGAAGAAUUUAAUAUAUUAUGUAGCAAUUAAAAUUACUUCAUCAAAUUCUGUUACCAGUUUUGAAAAUGAAAAAUAUAACAUUAUUAUAUUAUACACUUACUCCCUUACUAAUAGAAAGAUAUACACAUACCACCUUACUAUUAAAAAUGUUUACUCAUGCUAUGAAAUAUUUUGUCCUUGUCUGGUUAGGAAAGCCACUCGUCAGACAAGGAACAGAAGUUGUAUAGUUUAUUUAAUGUACAACAUUUUUGUUUAAUCAAGGGGAUGUGGAAUGUGGAUACAGAUAAUGUAGUUAAACAUAUACAUAUAUACCUUAGGAGUGACUCUUCUAAAUUUUCAAAAAAUGACAAAUACUAUGAAGCUAAAAUGUCUGUGUAUGAACUUUAUAUUAGUGAGUGGGUUAAUAUUUUGUGCAAUCUUAAACAUCUGGUUUUGUAAUUAUUGUUUAUCAAUGUUUAGCUUUAAGUCUUUUUACAUGAUGACAUUGUUUUUGGUUAAUUUUUAAUACAAAUUGUAUUUCCAAAUGCCUAAAAUAGGUGCUUUUUGAAUAUUAUUAUUAUUAUGUAAUAAGGCUUUGUGCACACAGAGGCUAAAUGUGGUUGGCUAGUUCUAAGCCACUUUUGAUUGGUGAAUUCUUUUAUAUUUUGAACAGUAAUGCAUAAUUUUUUAAAUUUGAACUUAUUUACUAGUGUCAUAGGAAACCUUUUUUAAGAAUAAUUAUAACACAAUACUUAUUAUUACUAAUAAAAAUUACUGGGUAUAAAUAAGGUCAGAUAAAGUGAGGUUACCUUAUUUUUUGACCUUUUGUAUGGUGCCAGAUAUUAGUAUGUAAAAUGAAAAUUGUGUAAGCUUUAUGGUACAAUUGUGGUAUAAUAAUGUAGUCUUCUUUAAUUUAAAAAUUAAAUAAUAGGCAAAAC